GUACAUCUACUUCUCUCGGCUUGAAACCAAGAAAUUCCAUCAACAUGAAGCUCCAACACCUCUCUGUCCUCGGCCUUCUAGCCACACCACUUCUUGCCCAUAAAGAAGUUUCAUCAGAAGUGCAUAAACGAUCCGCAGACCUCUCCAAGCGAUGCGCUUCCGGAACUGCAAGCUACAACAAACGUCGAUAUGAACGACGAAAUGCAGAGGCUCUCGCCAAACGAUCUGGUAACACAACUUACACCAUCACCACCGAAGCGCCUUACUACGAUGUUCUCCAAAACGAUACUUGUGUUUUGGGUGCCGACGUCACUGCCGGUCCAUACUACUGGCCUCGAUCUGAGACACUCCGUCAAGAUAUGACUGAGGACCAAGUUGGUAUUCCUCUAACUCUUGAUGUGGGAGUUAUUGACAUGGCGACAUGUGAACCACUUCCCAAUGCGCUCGUUGCCUUUUGGCAUUGCAACAGCACUGGUAGUUACUCCAGUUUCACCGGCCGAGACGCCAAUAUUCCAUUCCCUACUCUGCUUAAGGAGUUGAAUGUCACCGAUUUCCAAAUUGGUGUUACAGACAUUCAUACAGAUGAUUCAACUUGGUUGAGAGGAAUGUGGCCUUCGAAUGACGAGGGAAUGUUAGAGAUGAAGACUAUCUUCCCUGGUUUCUAUGUUCAAAGAGCUAUUCACAUCCAUGCUCAAGUUUUCACCGACUACGUUCUCCACUCUAAUGGUACCAUUGCAACUGGAAACUCAAACUCCAUCGGUCAAUUCUAUUUCAAUGAGGAUGUGAUUGAGACAAUCUUGGCUGAGGAACCUUAUGCAAGCCACACUCAAAUUAACCGCACCACCAAUGCUGAGGAUAACUACUACUCCGGUGGAUUCGCAAAUGGAUACAAUCCAGUUGUGGACAUUGUCCCAGUUGAUGGAGAAGAUAUCACCAAGGGAAUGAUUGGUUACAUUACAAUCGGGAUUGACACUACGGCCAACCCUGAGUUGGACCCCCCUAGGACUACCUAAGUCCAUCAACAUGAAGCUGGAUGCGGUGUAGUGGAAAAGUUCCGUAUCAUAAUUGGUUGGAUUAGAUGCUUGUAAAUAGGCUAGAAUGUACAUAAAUGACGAUGUGGAUAUAGAUGAUAAGUUGGGUGGGUUUGUGUGUGGGACAGCACUUGGAAAUAUACAUUUUCCCAUCAAUGUCUAUUUCAUCUUCUCAAUAUCAUAAUUAUUUUAUUGCA